AUGUUUGCAUUGUUUUUAAAAGAAAAUGUUAUUAUUAUUGGGAUUGGAAUUAUGUUUAUCCUGUGGUUAGUUCUUUUCAAAAGAAUUGCCAGAUUCUUUGAGAAAUGUAUUUCAAUGUAUUCAUCACACAAAUUCAAGUUACCGGAAGUAAAUGUUUUAUUUCACUCAUUGACUAGUGGAGUAUUUUGUUUCAUUAGUGUCCCAAUAUGUUUUUCGACAUUUAAACCGUCUACAUCAUCAGAUUCAUCCUUAAUGUACUGGUUACUGGAUUCAUUUCGCCAUAUGAUGGAUCGUUGUGCAACGACGGAAUCUGUGGAUCCAUCAAGAAAUUUUAAGUUUAUCAUACUCUAUUCAUGUUUAUUACACAGCGUUUACACAUCAUUUGCAAACAAUUUAGAAGAGCGACCAUUAUUAAGCACAUUAAAGAAAGGUGCUGUACUUAGUUUCUUUGCUUCUACAUACUGUUUUGGCUGUACAGAAGCAGGUUUUGUAUUCCUUGGGCUGUCUAAUUUAUCGCUCGGAACAUUAGAAGCAGCUAGACUCUUGAAAGUUUGUCAUAACAAAACAAAUAGUAUGUUAAUCAAAAUAUUAAGCUUUGGACAGUUUGUUGUACAUUGUGUUAUUUGGAUAUCAAUUUACUUGUUCUUGGUGCCAUUUGUUGUACUAUCCUCGGUCGAAGUGCUAACAAUGAAUAAUGAUAAUCGGCUACCACUAUUAAUUAUGUUGUUCAGUCUUCUAAUAUUUUACUUUAUUGAAUUAAGAGACAGUCCAUUGAACAUGUCAACAACUAGUGGAAAUGGUAUAUUUAGGCUAUUUGAAUCCCCUAAAAGCUCACUAAUGGCUGCAAAUAACAGUAGCAAAAGGAAUCAAAAUAAACAGAAAUCGAAAGAGAACUUAUUAGUAUUGUACCAAACUACUAAAUGUGCAAUGGCAGUAAAGAAAAAAGUACAACAAAUUCGACAAAAUAAACUAGGGACUAGAUUACUAUCUGCAUCUGAAAUUAAACAAGAGCCCAUUGACGUGAUUGAAAUAUUUGAUGAUUGA